GUCGCUGCGAUGGUGUAAUGGCAGAGCACACUGAUACCACAUAUCACACUUUCAUGUACUACUCUAUCAUGUUGGUUCUGUACACAAAUAAUGCUUAGAUGUAAAUAAGCUGACCUGUGCCUGCGGAGCGAUGUAACCUAGCUGCUUUAGUUAUGCGCGACAGUAGUCAAUAUUCUGCUGCCGCACUGCUUAGCCCUACAUCGCAAGUGACUGUCAUAACCAGUGAGGGGUACAUGUUGGAGCCAAUGUAUGCAUCAAUCGCAAUGUCCGAGUCGGCACAUCCACCACUGACCCAGACGCUGCAGGACGAAAAUGCUCAGAAUCGUUUCAACAACAUCGCCAUCUGUUGUCACGUUUCCGUGUCGAUCCCGCUGAUCGUGGUUGGCUUCUUCAUCCUUGUCUACGCCGUACUCGGCCGGAUUUCGGUGGAGUCGCCUGAGGGAAGUCUAUACUUUAUUGGGCCCAUACUGAUACUGGCAGGUGCCGUGUUUUGCUGCCGGGUAUCCAUGCUGAGGAAACGCUUCUUAGAGCAAGCCGAGCAAACUAGAUUGCCGGGCACAAACAACAAUGAAGAAGAAUUACCAGCACAUCUCAUCGCCGCGAUGAUAGAACCGCCACCAUCCUACGAGACAGUGAUGGCGCAACCUCCCCGCACGUCGCCUGUUGUCAGUGUCACGGUCCCACCUCCUGACAGACAUGUGGAUGGCAGCGCAGUUGUGUCACCGCUGAGCACAAUCGAUGGACCCGCGUUGGCGCAGUCGGCGAACGCCGCACCCGCGAGCGGCGCCGCCGCCUCGUGGAUGACAAACCUCGCUCUCACGGGCGGCGCCCUCUCAUGGACAGCAGCCGACUACUCGUCGUCGUCGUCGUCGUCGGACGACGCAGAGCCGCUGCCGCCAACGUACGAGGAGUACGUUCGCGCGUCGCAGCUGAGCAUACGCGCAGCCGACCGGCCGCCCCCACCAUCUUACACGAGCCUCGCGCUCUCCGAACCAGACCUGUGCCGCGUGAGCGCGGCGACGGACGCGGACGCGGCGGCCACGCGGCCCCGCUCGUCGACGAACGACGCCAGCAUGCUGGUGAGGACGCUGUGGACGUCGCACAACUUGCGGCAUGCAGCGAUGACGCGCGCGAAAGCGGCGGCGGCGGCGGCGAAGACGGCAGCGGGGGCGAGAGACAGGCAGUUGUCCCAAGACUGCAAUGGAGAUGCGCGGGACAGGGAGACGCGCGGAGACGACAUGCCUUCUGUUAGCGUGAGUUUGUAAGCGGAUGCUGCAAUGUCGCGACACCGGGAUGUCCUGAAGCCAGGGUGUCGUAACGAGGAUGCUGAGAUGGGAAGUGGAUACCGGGAUGUCAGGAAGUGUAUGCCGGGACUUAUGUAUCCGGGAUGUCCUGAAACAGGGAUGUCAUGAAGCCGAAGCUGAGAUGUAAUGAGACAGAUGUUAGGAUGUAAAGAAGCGCGGGUGUCAGGAACUGGUUGUGGUUGAUGUUAAGUUGGGAUUCAUGGAGCGGAAAUGUCAUGAAACUGGGACGUUGGGAAGCAGACACCAGGAUGUCGUGAAACAGGAAUUUUAUGAAGUGGGUACCGAGCUUCCCUUAAGUGGAUGCUGGCAUAUUAUAAACUGGCUGCCAGCGGGCGCAUACUUGUGAUUGUUGUUUACUUUGUGAUUCUGAUACAUACUCAGUGCAGGGUUUAGUUUAUAGGCAAUGAUGCCCCACCUACAGUAUGUGCCACUGCCGAGCUUUAUCUGAUCAUGGCCAAUCAAUUAUAUGAUGCACUGUCGGCACUGUUGUUCUGCUAGAUAUUGGACUCACGUUGAUUCAUACACUUGGGUUGCUGGCAGCCACGAUUCCUGUUUUUGUAAAAAUGUGUAUAUUGUUGAUAGGUCGAAAUCAGCUGUUCGGCUGCUAAUUCUGGUAUUGGUUUUCAGACCAAGUUGCGGGUAAGUAGUAAAACGCAGAUUUGCGUGUAAUAGUAAGGAUUGGCGAAGGUGCUAGUAAUAUAGGUGUCAGCCCUCCAAAUUGUCAAGUACUACAGACGUUAAUGUUUCAUAGGUAAGGUUUUGAACAAUGUGAUAUAUGCAAGCUGCACUACGACCUGCAUUUUGACACAGAUGCACUUGUUAUUUAAGCUGUACGAAGGUAGAUAGAUAGCUGGGGGUGUAUUAUGAAAGAGAGAUCAACACUGUUGCCUUUGUUCAGCCUUACUUUUUAAAUUUUGACUAUUAGAUUCAUUCACAUUUAGUGAGUCGAUUUUGUUGAUGUUUUAAAAUGGUAUUUUCGCAAAACUAUUAUUUGCCAACUUACGUGAUAUUCGUUGUUUAGUAAGAAUAUAUUUAGCAGCAGUGGUAACAUAUCGAUGCUUGUUGUAAAUUACACAUGAUUCGUGACGUCAUGUAACAGAGGUCACGGUGCAGCUUGUAUGUUUAUUUACGCACGCACGCACGCACGCAGCUACGCAGGCAGGCACGCAAACACACGCAUACACCCACGCGCACGCCCACACGAUACACAUGCACACACACGCACGCCCACACGAUACACAUACACAGAUUACACACACACGCACACGCAAACACACAUGGCUUUACUAUUGUUGGUUGUAAUCGGAUUAUUCUGGGACGAAUAGAUCUGAUUGAAAUUCCUUCAAAUCUUGAUAUUGUGUUUAGAAGAAAAUCAAAACGUGUGUAUAUAAUAAUACAUGUAAUCAUUGUCAAUUUGAUGUGAUGUACUGCGUAGUCUCGUGGUUCUCAAACGAUGGCCUGAUGCACCCUUUUGGUGUUCAUCAAACCCACAUCUUUCAUUAAAAACAAAUCUAAUUCGCUGUUAAAAUUCACAAUUUUUUUAAAAUCAUAUUAGUUCAUGCGACUAAUAACUAUCAAACGAGCAAAAGUAACUCUAUUGUAGUAGGUCUGUAUAUCUUAGUCGUAUUGGCAACUUGCAACGUGACAUUCCAAGCUUCUUGUCACGAGUAAAUAAAUAUUGGUUAACUCUUUCUCUAGGCACGCUUCCUCUCAACUUUCUGCAUGCUUCUGCAGGUGGUGGUGGGCUGGCACUUUCGUAGUUUGAGAAUCACUGGAUUAGACAGAUGAGCUACGUGGAAAAUAUAUACUAACUGCUUGGCUUAAACAAUCGAAUUACUUGCACGGAUUAGUUUUAUCAUAAGCCGUUAACUGUUUUGCGAAUCAUUAAAUUCUCAGACAAUAUUUCUCUAAUUCUCGUGCUUGUCGAGAAAAAGUGUAACCGUCUGUAAAUCCUAAUUGGAUUUUAAUACUUAUUGUAAAAUUAUAAGCUCAAGAGUGAGAGUGACGUAACUAGAUAGUCACAAAUGAAUUUAUUAAAUGUGUACUCACAACCUAUUCAGUUAAUCGAUCACUGAAUUUUUUCUAGUGUCACCAUGAAGAUUUCUAUACAGAUAUAUACAGUCUAUAGGUAUGUUCAUGGUAUUUUUCGUAGCUAAUCGAGUUAUCACAAAACGGUGACCGAUUCAAUAUAUGGUGUAAUAUAUAGAUAUAUAAUUUAUAGAAAGUUUAUAGUUAUUAUCAUGGCUAUUUUUAUGUAAUUGUGUGGCGUGUGUCAGAAUGGUUUUUUUAAAGUGAGCCAGAAUGCCUACUUUUCGUAACAGCUUUUCUACCUACCACUGUUUUCUUGUCGCCGGAGCGAUUCACGUGUACGUCAUCGUGUAUAUUUUUAACGUGGUAUUGUGACGUCUUUAUAACCUCUUGUGUCGUGUGAUGUUGAGGUACGAGUAUGUUUUAUCUGUGUAGUGUCCAUGCUGAGAAUUAAUCCCUUAUUAUUUAUGCCGGGGGGGGGGGCGGUGCAAGGAAGAUGUGGGAAGAAAAUAUACAUUUCGUCUCCGCUGCGGAGGGGGAGAGGAAGCAAGGGAUCGGGGAACGUCGGUCGGCUGCUCGAAUCAGCUUAUCUCCUGUAUUACGUCAUGUCGAGGGACGGAAUCGGCCAAUGUGUGCUCUCGAAAAUAACUUGGAAUUACUUAUAUAUAUGUAUGGGUGUGUCUAUUAAAACAGUAUCUCACAGCGUGAAAUUAAGCGGGAUAUAUUUGCAGCAAAUGUCACAAAUUCAGUUAGUGAACUAUAUUUAUAAGAUCGAAUGACAGUGAAAAUAUUAACUUUUAUCUUUUGUUGUUUCUGUUAAUGAAAGUUUGCGCAUAAGCGUGUCUCCAUCAAAUAUCUGUAUAUAUUGAAAUUUAAAAAGUGCUAAUUGAUCGUCCGUUAACCAGGUUCAUAUAAACUAAAAGUUGUGAACCUGAAACCGCGCUUAUGAAGUGUGAAUCGUCAUGCUGAUCUAUAUAGGCAAUAUGCUUUUCAGCUAGCUUUUCGUUUCAUACCUUUGCCGCCGAAAUAUUUCCAAGUGGUAAGCAUGUACAUCUACCAAAAUAUGAUUGAUUUCCUAAAGUCAGGCGACCUGAAAUUCCGAACGUGUACUAAGGUGAGCGAGUUCUGGCGAACAAUGAGGUGGUGAAGUGCUGUAUAGUACAGUGUAUACUACUACUAUGUUAUUUUACUAUGCUAAAUAGCAGCACGAUUGAACUCCCUCGGCAUAGAUAAGGAUGAUUUCUUGAUACAGAUGAAUUGUCUAUAUGUAUUUAUUUACCUACGAUUUUAUAUUUUGUACAUACAUUGUGAAUAUUUUACGAUACACUACUUUCUAUUGUGAAAUGGUUAUAAUUCUUGUCUUAUCACUUCUGUAACAGAUGAAUAGCAAAUGUGUAUAUAAUU